AUGGGCUUGCCGCAGACGGUUGUGGCUUUAACGAGUUUCCUCGCAGCUUUGGCAGCGAGUCACAACAUUCCUGGGCAUCAAUUGUCGAUACUCCCACCGCAGAAGCACCUGCCACCGUCGGACGCGCCAAUUUUCCAGCGCGACGUGGUCGAGAGCUCUCCAAACGACGACCAAGCCGAAUUCGGCUCCUGGUCUUUGCCACUGCGCGAUGCCGUUGAAUCGACGCCUUACGGGUCUCGCGAUGCGUCAUUCAAAAGCCCCGAGAGCGCGGCGCCGCUCCGCGAGGCAGUGGAGCACCGAGCGCCGCCGAGCUACGCCGGCUUCGACCACGAGUCGUUCUGGCUGGAGCAAGUCACGCUGCCGCCCGUGCGCAAGCAGACUCCGCCGCCGAACGUGGUCUGCCACGUCGACAGCGAGUCCGUCUACCGGGAGGAGCCGUUCGUUCUGCUGCCCAGGUCGCUGCCCGCGCACAAGUGCAGCCAUCUCGUUUACACCGCUGCCACUCUGCAUCCACAGGAAUUCACCGUCGUCCCCCGUGACCACGAGUACGACAUCGUCAACGGUGGCUACAUCGCGGCAGUCGGUCAGCGUCGUCGCGACCCCGCGCUUCGGGUGUUGAUCUCGGUAACGUCGCCGGAUCACGGCCGUCUGUUCCGCGAGAUCCUGACCGAGGCAGACGAACGCUUGCCGGCGUUCGCCGACUCGCUGCUGGAUUUCAUCGAGGAGCACGAUUUCGACGGCGCGGAAAUUGACUGGGAGAGCGCCACCGCGACUUCGCUCACGAAGAUCCUGCGCCAGCUGCGAGCGCCGUUCCGCGAGCGCGGCUUCGCGUUGGCCGUCGCCGUGCGCCCCGAGCAAUUGGUCGACGCCCAGCUGGCCGAGCUCGCCGACCUGCUGGUGCUCCGGGCCUGGCAUUCGAGAAGAGUCGCCGAGGUGGUCCAGAGUCCAGCGCCUCUGAAUUUCGUGACGAGUUUCGUCGACGGUUUGAUCAGGCGGGGAGUACCGCCGAACAAAAUCGUCGUUGGCUUUCCGUUCUUCGGGUGGUCGUACAGGCUGGCUUCGAAGGACAACGAGGCGUCCACGCUCGCUGACGGCUUCGGCGUCGAUGGGCCUUACACCAAGCACAGGGGACAGCUUGCUUACUACGAGAUCUGCGAAAAGCUGGAGGACCCGUGGCAGUACAGGAGGCACGAGUUCAACGGAUCUUACAUCAUUCUCGGCGACCAGUGGAUCGGCUACGACGAUCCUCUGUCGGCCAGGCUCAAAGCUGCUUACGUCAAGUCCGCCAAUCUCGGCGGAGUUUCGCUGUUCUCCUUGGACUUGGACGAUUUCCAGGGCAUCUGCGGCGACGAGUGGCCAAUGCUCAACGCAGUGCUGAAAACGCUUGGAGUCUACGACGAGCCCGACGAGAAGUGCCCGAGAGCCGGAUUAUACAGCGACCCGGACAACUGUUCCGGUUUUCUGUCCUGCUUCAACGGUCAUCUCCAUCGCGGCCACUGCGGCAUCGGUCGCUUCUACGACCGAGUCCGCGGUCGUUGCGUGCCGGCCAGUCCGGAGAUCUGCGACCCGGGCCACAGCGAUCGCUGGUCGAACGUGAACGAGAAUCUCGAGCGGCUGCGCCAGAGUCAUCGCCUCGAGAAGCUGGAGAUCGCCGACAAAGCCGACUCGCCCAAAGUGGUUUGCUACAUGACGUCCUGGGCAAUGUAUCGCAAGGGCGAGGGCAAAUUCGUGCCCGAGCACCUGGACGCGAGGCUGUGCACGGACGUGGUUUACGCGUUCGCCGGAUUGAAUCCCGACACGCUGAGCGUGCACUCGUUCGACCCUUGGGCCGACAUCGAGAACAAUCUUUACCAGCGCGUGACGUCCAUCGCCGGGCCGAGGGUCCUGCUGGCGCUGGGCGGUUGGACGGACAGCGCCGGCGACAAAUACUCGCGCCUGGUCAGCAGCGCAGCGUCGCGCCGGAAGUUCGUCGCCUCGACCGUGCACUUCCUGCGCAAGCACGACUUCCAGGGCCUGUCGCUCGAGUGGAAUUACCCGGGCUGCUGGCAGAGCCAGUGCCGACGCGGGCCAGCCAGCGACAAGCCGAAUUUCACGAGGCUGCUGGCCGAGCUGCGUCGCGAGUUCGACCAACAGCAGCCCAAACUGUCCCUGGCGGUGGCGCUGUCCGGCUACAAGGAGGUCAUCGACAAAGGGUACGACGUCGCGGAGAUAUCGAGGCUCGUCAACUUCAUGACCGUGAUGAGCUACGAUUACCACGGCGCCUGGGAGUCGCACACCUCGCACUUGGCUCCGCUGUUCGCCAUCCCGGGGGACAGCAGCCCCUACUACAACCUCAACUUCACCCUGAACUACUUGGUCCGCCUCGGCGCCGAGCGCUCCAAGCUCGUCGUGGACGUGCCGAUGUACGGCCAGAGCUACAAGCUCGCCUCGGCGGAUCGCCACGCGCUCGGCGACCCAGCCGCCGGUCCGGGACGAGCCGGCGAGUACACGAGGCAGCCCGGCAUGCUCGCCUACCACGAGAUCUGUGAGAGGAUCGAGAAGGAAGGCUGGCAAGAAGAGCUCGGUCCGAGUGCCCAUCGCGACGACCAGUUCGUCAGCUUCGACAACGCCAAGAGCAUCGCCUACAAGGGCCAGUACAUACUGAGCAACGGCUUCGCCGGCGCGGCAGCCUGGACGGUCGACCUCGACGACUUUACCAACCGCUGCUGUCAGGAGCCGUUCCCGCUGUUGCGCAGCAUCAAUCGCGCCUUGGGCCGACUGCUGACGCCGGCGCCCUCGCGCAAGGACUGCGACAAGCCGGACCAGCCGAUCACGCCCGCGCCGCCGACGAUGACGCCCCAUCCGGACGGCGCCGACGGGCACCCGGCGCCAUCGAGCAGCAGGCCGACGACCCCGACGACGACCUGGCCGACGUGGACCGAGCCCGCGACUUCGCGGCCACCGACGACCUGGUGGACCCAGCGACCGACUGCCGCGAUCACCUGGUGGCCCACGAGCAGCUCCGCGACCACGAGCGCGAGCCCACGGCCCACCACGCCAGCGCCGUCGACGGGCUCGCUCGCCGGUACGCCCUGCCAGUCGGGCGACCACGAGCCGGACCCGUCCAACUGCGGCACCUACUAUCGCUGCGUCCUCGGCGAGUUCAGGCGCGAGCACUGCGCGCCUGGCUUGCAUUGGGACGCCGCCAGGAGACUCUGCGACUGGCCGACCGCCGCCAAGUGCCGGAAGAAUCCCGCCGUCGACGUCGUCACCAUGGUCCUCAAACUCGCUCUCGCUUGCGCGGCGAUUGUCGCUCUGGCUGCCGUCGCGGCCGACCACGCCGGGACUUGCACGAACAACUGCCGUGGCAAGAGCAAAGCGACGACGACGACGACGACGACGACGACGACAAGGCGACCAAUUGCCACGACGACGCAGUCGUCGCACGUGAUCCGGCCGGAAGCGCGAGACUGCGAGCACGGCCAGUACUACGCGCUGCCGGAUUCGUGCACGGCCUUCCUCAUCUGCGUGAACAGCAAACUGGUGCGCCAGCAGUGCGGCCCCGGGCUCAACUGGAACGUCGCGAAGAGCAUGUGCGACUGGGCGUUCAAGGCCCCCUGCGACGAGAAGAAGAAGAAGAAGGUGAAGCCCGGCGGCGUCGCGCAGGAAUUCAAGCAGAACGAGGUUUCUGACGCGGAUCCGCUUAGCUUUACCCGCGGCUGCAAAGAACAACUGCCGAAAUCCAGGCUUUUCCUUGUCCAGAUGCCCUGCAAUUCCGGGGAGUACCAGGCGGUGCCCGGCGACUGCCAAAGUUACUACGCGUGUCUGUGGGGCAAGUACGAGCGGUUCCAGUGCGCGCCAGGACUGCACUUCAGCGCCCAGAGCCGCAUCUGCGACUGGCCCGUUCGCGCCAAGUGCACCGACGACGCCAGCAACGACCUGGACGAGAUACCGCUCGAUCCCGUCGAGCCCGAGCAGGCGACUCAGGCAGCCUGGAAGCCACCGUCGGCCCAGCCGACCACCACCCCGUUGCCGUCCGCGGAGAUCGACCCCGAUGCCGUGUCUCCGCUAUCGGGGCACUUCAAGAUCGUGUGCUACUUCACCAACUGGGCCUGGUACCGUCGCGGCGUCGGCCGCUACCUGCCCGAGCACAUCGAUCACACGCUCUGCACGCACAUCGUCUACGGCUUCGCCGUCCUCGACUACUCCAAUCUCGUGAUCAAGGCUCACGACUCGUGGGCCGACUUCGACAACCGCUUCUACGAGCGGGUGGUCGCUUACAAACGGCGCGGUCUCAAGGUGAGCCUCGCCCUCGGCGGCUGGAACGACUCGCAAGGCGACAAGUACAGCCGCCUGGUGAACGAUCCCGCGGCCAGGCGGCGAUUCGUCGAGCACGCGCUGCAGUUCAUCGAGAAGUACGGCUUCGACGGGCUCGACCUCGACUGGGAGUAUCCGGUCUGCUGGCAGACCGACUGCGGCAAGGGCCCGGCCUCCGACAAGCAGGCCUUCACCGCCUGGGUGCGCGAGCUCAGCGCCGAGUUCCGUCCGCGGGGGCUGCUCCUGUCGACGGCGGUGUCGCCCAGCAAGAAGAUCAUCGACGCGGGCUACGACGUGCCCGAGCUGGCCAAGCACUUCGACUGGAUCGCCGUGAUGACCUACGACUACCACGGCCAGUGGGACAAGCGCACCGGCCACGUGGCCCCCAUGUACUACCACGAGGAGGACGAGUUCUACUACUUCAACGCCAACUACACGAUCAAUUAUUGGAUCGCCAAGGGCGCGCCGCCGAGAAGUAUAGUCAUGGGAAUGCCGCUGUACGGCCAAGCGUUCACGCUGAACGACCCGAGCAGAGGAGCCGGACUGAACAGCCCCGCGAGCGCCGGGAGCGCCGGCGAGUUCACCAGGGCGGCUGGCUUCCUGGCUUACUACGAGAUCUGCGACCGGGUGCGCAACAAGGGAUGGACCCUCGUGCAAGAUCCGCAGCGUCGCAUGGGCCCCUACGCCUACAAGGGCAACCAGUGGGUCGGCUUCGACGACGCCGACAUGAUCCGGCAGAAGGCCCAGUACGUGCGGGACAUGGGUCUCGGCGGCGGCAUGGUCUGGGCGCUCGACCUCGACGACUUCCGCGGCAGAUGCGGCGAGGGCGCGCACCCGCUGAUGCGCAGCCUGCAGCAGGUCCUCGCCGAGCCGCCCAAUCGCCACGACAGACCGAUCAAGCCGCCGGCGCAUGGUGAGCAGCUCGAGUGGCAGUCGCCGUCGAAGCCGCCAAAGCCGCCGAAGCCGUCGAAGGUCGAGCAGAUGAGCUCACCCGCGGCCGAGGACGAGUACAAGGUCGUCUGUUACUUCACCAAUUGGGCCUGGUACAGGCAAGGCCACGGCAAAUUCCUGCCCGAGGAUAUCGACGCUGAUCUCUGCUCGCACAUCGUCUAUGGAUUCGCUGUGCUCAACGGCGACAGCGGCACCAUCAGCAGUCACGAUUCCUGGGCCGACAUCGAUAACAAAUUCUACGAGAGAGUAGUGGCUUACAAGAAGAAGGGAAAGAAAGUGCUAAUAGCCAUCGGCGGUUGGAACGACUCGGCAGGCGACAAGUAUAGCCGCCUGGUGAACAAUCCGGCGGCGAGAAGAAAGUUCAUCGCCAACGUCGUUCUGUUCAUCGAGAAGUACGGCUUCGACGGGCUCGACCUCGACUGGGAGUAUCCGGUUUGCUGGCAGGUGGACUGCCGCAAGGGUCCGAAAUCCGACAGGCAGGGCUUCACCGCUUGGGUGCAAGAGUUGAGCGCCGAGUUCCGCCCGCGCGGGUUGCUCUUGUCGUCGGCAGUGUCGCCGAACCACAAGGUCGUCACCGAGGGUUACGACGUGCCCGUGCUCGCCAAGCUCUUCGACUGGAUCGCCGUUAUGAGCUACGACUACCACGGCCAGUGGGACAAGAAGACCGGACACAACGCGCCCUUCUACGCGAGACCGGACGACUGGGACAAGACUUUCAACGCCAACUACUCGAUUCACUUCUGGAUAGACCAAGGCGCACCACCCAAGAAGCUCGUGAUGGGAAUGCCGCUCUACGGUCAAAGUUUCUCCCUGGCCGAAAGGGGCGAGCACGGUCUCAACUCACCGACUUACGGUGGCGGUGAGGCUGGCGAGGACACCCGCGCGCGUGGUUUCUUGUCGUAUUACGAGAUCUGCCAGAGAACACUGACCAGAGGCUGGACAGUUGUGCAAGAUCCAAAGAGGCGUAUCGGACCGUACGCCUAUCAAGGCGAUCAGUGGGUGAGUUUCGACGACGCCCAACAAUUGAGACUCAAGUCCGAGUACAUCAAGACUUUGGGACUCGGCGGUGGCAUGAUCUGGGCACUCGAUCUCGACGACUUCAAGAACGUUUGCGGCUGUGAACCUUACCCCCUUCUGCGCACCAUCAAUCGCGUGCUCAGGAACUAUCCGGCUGGGCCUACGUGCCAGGUUACGAGCUCGGCAGUAAUAGAGUCGGAACCAGACCCAUGGAUGCCGACAACCGCGAAACCGUCGACAAGCUGGACAUGGUCACCGCCGUCAACGACGACCACGUGGUGGACGUCGACGACUGACAUUCCCGUCGAAAUAGCCACCGAAGAUGAAGACGCAGUGGAAGUCGAAGCUGGUGGUACACCACCGCCACAUGUUCCACCGCAAGCUAGCUGUCGCGACAGACUUUUCAUCGCACACAAGAGAGACUGUCGCAAAUACUAUCUUUGCAACUUUGGACAACUCACCGAGCAAACCUGUCCAAAUGGUCUGCACUGGCACAACGAUCACUGCGACUGGCCUGAAAAUUCUAAGUGUAAGGCUCGUUACAACGAGCUUCACGUGACGACAUCUCAAAGAUUGAAGGAAGAUGCAUUGAUCGACGGACGUAAGCUCAUUUGUUAUUUCACAAGCUGGGCAUCGGAGAGACACGGUUCGGGUAAAUUCCUACCGGAAGACAUCGAUCCAAAUCUCUGCACGCACGUCAUCUACAGCUUCGCUUCUCUCGAUCCCGAGAGUUUGAGCAUCAAGUCUCGCGAUCGUAGCACUGACAUCGACGAUCAUUUCUACAGCAGAGUGUCAGCUUUGAGGGAGAAAGGCGUGAAAGUGUUGCUUGGUCUUGGUGGUUGGAGAGACUCAACUGGCGACAAAUACAGUAGGAUGGUGAACAAUCCCAAAGCGAGAGCCAAGUUCGUCCGCGAUGCUGCAAGGUUCGUCGAGAAGUACGGUUUCUCGGGCAUGGAUAUCGACUGGGAUUAUCCAGUUUGCUGGCAGGGUGACUGUGCUAAAGGUCCGCUCUCCGACAAGAAAUCUUUCUCUGCGUUGGUUCGCCAAUUGAGCUUGGAAUUCCGUCCACGAGAACUGUUGCUUUCGGCUUCGGUCUCGCCGAACAAGCAGAUAAUCGACAACGCUUACGACGUGCCCACGUUGGUCAAUUACCUCGACUGGUUGGGUGUGAUGAGCUACGAUUAUCAUGGACAGUGGGAGAAGAAGACUGGUCCGAUUGCACCGUUGUAUUUCCACGCGGGCGACGAGUUCGAUCAGUUCAAUGUCAACAAUACUAUGCACUAUUGGAUAGGCAAGGGCGUACCAUCCAGGAAACUCGUUAUGGGCGUGCCGUUCUAUGGACAAAGUUUUACCCUUGAAAGUCGAGAGCACAAUGGAUGGCAGUCGACGAGUUCCAAACCUGGCAAGCCUAGCGACUUUACUAGGGCUGCUGGAUUUAUGUCGUUUUACGAGAUCUGCAAGAACGCUAAUAAAAACGACUGGUCGGUAAUGAAAGAUCCAGACGGCAGGAUUGGCGCUUACGCAACUUACGGCGAUCAGUGGGUCGCUUACGAAGACGUGUCCGAUAUCGCUAGAAAGGCGGCGUACAUAAGAGAACUUGACCUGGCUGGUGGUAUGAUUUGGGCUCUCGAUCUCGACGACUUCAACAACGUUUGCGGUUGCGGCAAGUAUCCGCUAUUGACUGCCUUCAAUCGUGCACUGCGGAACGAGCGCCAGCUACAAGAUUGCACGUAGACUAUAAUUCUUGCGGGUGUCACGAGCUUAACCCUUGCUGGAUCAAUGGCGAGAGAUUGAUAAACGGAAUAAAAAAGGAAAUGCCUUGUUCGAAUGGAAAACAAUACAUCUUUUUUAUGUACUGCGUGUCAACUCUUUUAUAAAACAUUGAUUGCACGAGGGUUGAGAUCAUUCUCUUCCUUGCAUCAAAUGAGUAAAUCAACGAUGCGAGGAAGAUUGUGAUUUAGAAUUAAGGAUUUUAUUUUAGUGCUAAUAAUAAUUGGUAUGUAUUUUUAAGAAAGUCUAAUUAAAAAAUCUUCGAGACUUUUUUUAGUAAAUGGUUAUUCUUUUAAUUUCGAAAUUUUCUAAUGGAAGCAACGACUAUUUUAUCAGUUUUUUAUACUGUAUUUUUUCAGACGUUUUUACAAUAGUAAUAGUAUGCGUUACUUGCAUGCCAUAAACAAACAAACAAAAAAGAUUUUUCUAUAUAUUUUUUAUUAGGAUAUAUUACAUUUUGUAAGCUCUAAUCGACUUUCUUAAUCUUAAUACGAAGCAUCUCUUGUAAAUUUUUAAACAAAUACUUAUCAAUAAAUGAA